AUGACGAUUCGACAUGAUAAGGGAUGGUUGAACUUGUAUAGACGAAGAGCCAUCGGCCACGGCUACUGGGACUUCUACACUAAUAUUCCGGAGAGAAACUGUGCCGGAACCUUCGGUCUACAUGCUGGUGACAAUAUAUCCGGAUCAGUGGCGGUGAAAAGCAAAGAUUGUUUUGAUAAGCUUAUUUAUCAAAUAGAAAAAAAGUCGACAAUCGAGAAAAUCGACGUCUACCAGUGUCGAAAAUGCAUUUUCCAUAGCUGUUGGUUGGGAAGUCGGUUGCUACCAAGAGCAAGAGAUUAUUAUACUAAUUUGAGGAGUUUGUGA